AUGGCUACUUCCACCAUCACUCUCACCAGCUCCGACGGCGUUGAGAUCAGUGUCGAGCGUGAUGUUGCGGAGCGUUCCAUCCUCAUCAAGAACAUGCUCGAAGACUUGGGCGAGUCGGACGAAGCUAUCCCCAUUCCCAACGUCAACGAGGCAGUUCUGCGCAAGGUGAUUGAAUGGUGCACCCACCACAAGAGCGACCCUCCUAGCACCGGUGACGAUGACGACUCCCGCCGCAAGACCACCGACAUCGACGAGUGGGACCAGAAGUUCAUGCAGGUCGACCAGGAGAUGCUUUUCGAGAUUAUCUUGGCCGCCAACUACCUCGAUAUCAAGGCAUUGCUGGACGUUGGCUGCAAGACCGUCGCCAACAUGAUCAAGGGCAAGUCGCCCGAGGAGAUCCGUAAGACCUUUAACAUCCAGAAUGACUUCACCCCCGAGGAAGAAGACCAGAUUCGUCGUGAAAACGAGUGGGCUGAAGACCGCUAG